UUGUCUAGAUAAACCAAAAAGAAAGACACAGAACAAACCCGGACAAACGCCAGCCUAGGAGGAGUGAGCGACAGAAUGAUCAGUUAAAUAACCUCUGGGGGUAGAGCUGCAGGUUGGCCCAGCACAAUGUGCUUCCCUGCCUCCAGCCUCCUGCAGGAGAAGGAAACUGGAAGGGGAGGGGCGCUGUAGAUCAGCUGUCCAGUUUGAUGUCAUCAGGGAGCAGUAAUGGAGCCAUCAGACUGAACCCAGCCAGAUCUGCUCAGGACACAUCAAAUGAAGAACAAGUAAUAAGUGCAAAUAUAGGAAAUUCCAAGCACACAACCCAAACAGAGCAGGACUUUCAAAUACCCAUCACCAAUAUAGAUGACAUUUUAUCAGAAGUGAGCCUCUGUACUGAUAAAGAUACACACACAACAUCCUCCUACGAAAAACUAUCCAAUGAGUCUGUAUCCUGCUGCUCAAGCCAAAAAGGUGUAACCUUGUCUGACAAAGUUGGCACUCAGGUUCCAAUACCGUCCAGUCCCCUGGACUGUUCCAUCUUGGAUGCAGGAAAUGAAAAAGGUGCCAUCCUCCCUGUGGAGACAACACAGGAAAAGAGCUCUGCUGUCUUCAGUGGGUCAAGUCUGGAAAUUCCUGAUGCUGGUUCUAUAUAUAUGUACCCCAUAGGAGAUAGUGAUUCAAACAGUGACUCCAGCACUGACAGCAGUGAAAUGGUCAAUAAGAUAACUGGCAGCAGUUUUAGUCUUCAUGAGUCGUCUUCAGAUGAGGAAGAAGUGGAGUUUUGUUCCUGUGAUGCCCAACAAUCUGCUGCUGGUGGACACUUUCAUAUAAGCCACUCAUCGAAUGGGUCUUCACCUUUUCAGCCUGCUAGCAGUCAAAAUACAAACCUGGAUCAGACUGUUGAUGUGUUGCAGGUCUUUUUUGAUGUGUCACUGACAAGCAAAGAAAACUCUGUUUCAACAACCCAAUGCUCACAGCUUUCUCAGUUAUCAGGGGUCUUCCCUACAGAGUCUUUUCUACAGAGUCAGUCUUCCAACAGUACAAUACCUGUGUCUUCUAUAGAGGGCCACAUUAAAACCUUUGACAAAGUUAAAGCAUGUGUGGCAUCUAGUUCUGGAAGCCUAAGCAUUUACAGCAGCCCCUCCCCACCAGAUACCUGCAGUGUCACUCAGGGUUCUAAUGCAAAUUUACAUGCAGAUGCCUCACUGACCUCAGAUUGGCUGAAGCAUUUGAAUACACGAACACCCAGUUCACUAACAAUGGAAUCAGAGACCUCAAUUUCAAGCACCAGCAGAUUGCAUACAAGAGUGUCAGCAACAAUUUUAAACAAAGAAAAGGUCCUGGAUUGUAGAGGUAAUUUAAAACCUAAUGCUAGAUCCUUGCUUAAGAAGACCUCUAAGCUAAAACUUCUUGGUAAUUCAGACUGUCCUGUGUGGAGUAGUAACUUAAAACUUCAGGUUGAAACUCAAAUCCAACCAAACACUAGUGCUCCCAAACUGAAGGGCCUAAGCAUUAAGUGUAAGAACAAAUCACCAGAGCAGCCUCUCCAGCCCAGGAGUGAAAGUCCAGUUCCUUCAAACACCAAUGCUUCCAUGAACAGGUCAACAAAAUUACCACCAACGGCAACCAUGUCAAGCCUUUUGAAGACCAACCAGCCUGAUGUGAACAGCGACCUUACUGUGCCCAAAGUAAGUGAAAGAAAGCAAGUUACAGCUGAACAAAGUCCUUCAGGUGGCACAUUACAAACUGUACAGCUGGCCAAGGAGAAGGACAUCGAUUUAGGUUCUACAGCAACCGCCAAAUCACAGGGCUGGUCUCACCUUCCUCCCACGCAGAGAACAUUUAUAGAGGUUCGACUGUCAGCACACAAUGAAACACUUAAUUCAAAAGUCUCCAAACCCAUUCAAAGAGGCACAGAUGGAAGACUAGCACCCAUGCUUUCUCCUGCAAACUCCACAGAUGGCAUGAUCAGUAACACAGUAUUUAAUUCACUGUGUUCUACCAAAGAAGCUCAUUCAACCACAAGUAAUGGUUCAAAACCCAGUACUAUUGUGGAAAGAACUGAGACCCUAAAGUCCAGCACAUCCAGACUGUACAUAAAGACAAUGGAAAGACAAAGCUUCUUGACAGACACUGCCUUGACUGAAGACUACAAUCCCUUCUCUGUCAGACAUAAGAUAAAGUCCUUUGAAAACCUGGCUAAUUUUGACAAGCCUGUGGCUAAAAGCAGUGACAUUCACUCAUAUGCUCUGGCAUAUAGAGCCUCGCUUAACCAAAGGAUUGCUGGUUAUAUGGGCUUGGUUAAUUCUAAGAACUGCCAGGCACAGCAAAGAAGUUUAAGUUCAUAUGUGGAUAAUUUAAUCCCUACCACACCCUGCUCACUUUUUCUUGGUAAAUCUCCAUCUAGCAUUGCACUGAUAAACCUUGAGCUUCCACAGUCAAGGUGUAACACAGCUGCCGUGACUGAGGACAAUCCUGAGGCUGAUAUUCAAAGAGCUUCAGUUGGGAUUACAACACAGACUCCUCAAGAACAACAGAGAAAACAUGACAGACUCCCCAACAGCAGGUUGCGGCAGCUCAGGGCUCUUAGUAUGCCUGAAUUGGAAAAACUAUGUACAGAGGACUUUAAUAGAGGACAUGGUACUGUCAGAGACAAAACUGAGCAUGGCAUACAUCCCACUAUACAUUCGAAAGCCACAGUGACUGAGAGCUUUCCAUCUUUUUCAACCCCAAAAGUGGAUGUGAACAGGCUGAGCCGAGAUGACCUUAGAUCCACAGAAGAGACUCCUCAAGGAACCCUACAGACCCAUGGACAACUGCCUGGCUGGUCCAUCAGGUGCGGAUUUUAAUUAAAACUUGCCCAUUGUAAUUAAUUUUGGUCAUAUGUGGAGUGCAUUGAAUCCACUUUGUGUAUGAAUUAGAAAUGUGUUACUUUGAGCCCCAAGAUGUCACUGUGCACUGCAAUGAAGCUAAAAUAGAUUAUUAAAAAAACUCUUUGGGCAAAGUCA